GGGAAAACCGGUUGAAGCCGGUUACUAAAGAUUGUGCCGGAUUUACUUUGCUCUCGGAACUCUCUGAGAUAUAUGUAAUAAGACCUACGAAUUUCCCGGUCAUCAAUUUUGCCUUACUGUUUCAUCGUCUUCCUUCUUCGAUGGAAGGAAAGAAUGCGAAAGAUGAGAAAUCGGCAAAAGCAGCUUCAACGAUUCCGAAACGACCUUAUAUUAAAUCUCAAUCCGCUUUCGACUAUUCUAUCAGGAAGCAGAAGCUCAGAGAAAGUUGCUUCAGGAGAGUUAGAGAAGAGAGGACACGUCUGCUGUGGAAAUUAAGGUACUCUGAUUGUCAAUCUUCAGAUCAAAAGGAGAUUAUACAUUCUGCUUUCCGGGAAAUUGUCACUGAUGAACUAAAAAAGAUUGAGGAUUCGUCGAGAAACCUCUCAGGAAAUCCGAAUGUAACUCCUGAUUCCGAUGAUAUAUUAUGGGAAUACGAAGGUCCAAAAUAUACUUGUGAAGGUGAUAGUGAAGUUAUAUUGCUAGAAAUGCAACAGAUAUUCUACAAUGAGUUGAUAUCAGAGACUACUACCAGAAACGGAUCAUAUGUUCAGAUCGAAACAUGGGAAGACGAAGAAGAUGAUUACUUGGCAGACUUAGUUUCUCAACAUAUGCUAUUAAAUAGUGAACACGAGCAAAACCAGAUAUGGUGUCCGAUAUGCAAGCAAGGUGAGCUUACAGAGAAUCACCAACAUAUCUAUUGCAGCAGGUGUGAUAUGCAGCUGAACAUAGGCGAAGAGGUUAAUCUGAACAUUCUGCAAGAACGGUUAGCAGAAGCACACUCUGAACAUCUCGAGAGAGGAUGUAGAUUAAAACCCAAGUUCAGUUUACAGAGUCUCUAUAAUUUGAAGGCGUUGUACAUAACAUGCGAAGCUUGUAAUAUCUUUGAGGUCGUUGUAUAAGCUCUAACUUAAAGGAUACACAACUUUUCCUGUAUAUAACUCAAGAGAUCUCCGAUAAAUCUCUGGUUAUUUGGUCACUCGCUAGACCCGGACUGAUUAACCUUUUCCAGCUUUGAUUCCACUUCGUAAGGACCAUAGAACCGAGCUGGUAGCUUCUCAUUGGCACGGCGUCUUUUUGAGAAACACUCGAUCUCCUCAAUGAUGUUCAUGUCUUAUACUUAUUUGCC